GAGUUUUGAUACGAUGUGAAGUUUUACGCGACCUUCGCCAUAGGAAUCUCGUAAAAGUCAUCACCAGUUGUUCUAACCUUGAUUUUAAGGCUUUAGUGCUCGAGUAUAUGCCUAAUGGGAGUCUUGAGAAGUGCUUGUAUUCACACAACAACUUCUUAGACUUGAUGCAGAGACUAAGCAUAAUGAUAGAUGUGGCAUGUGCAUUGGAAUAUCUCCACCAUGGGUGCUCCUUGCCCGUGAUUCACUGUGAUCUUAAGCCUAGUAAUGUCUUCUUUGGAUGAGGAUAUGGUUGCCCACCUAAGUGACUUUGGUAUUUCAAAACUGCUUGGUGAAGAUGAGAGUGAUUUAUACACAAAAACCAUAGCAACAUUGGGUUAUAUUGCACCAGAGUAUGGACUGGAUGGAUUGGUGUCAACAAAAUGCGAUGUCUAUAGUUACGGGAUCAUGUUGCUAGAAACAUUUACAAGGAAAAAGCCUAAUGAUGAAAUGUUUGAGGGAGAUAUUAGCUUGAAGCAAUGGGUGAGUAAUUCACUCCCAGAGGCACCAAUGGAUGUUGUAGAUCUUUAACUUGGUAACACCAAAUGAUAGUUACUUGAAGUUAGAUUGUGUGGCAUCGAUCAUGAAAGUAGCAUUGGAUUGUUGUGUUGAAUCUCCAGCAAGAAAGACAAGCAUGAAAGAUGUUGUGGGGAUGCUACAAAAGAUCAGGAUUCAACUUCUCGCAUGUUGAAUAUGUUCUUGGAAAUUCUUGUUCCAAAUUACCUUUUUUGUUGCAAAUUCUUGCUAUAUUAUUGUAUUGAUGUGAAGAAUGUAUUUCUAUUUUAGCACUUUUGAAAUCCUAAUUAGAAUAAAUCUUAUUAUUUCCUCUUAAAAUCAAUGUUGCAAAUUGGUAGAUCACAAUCAAUUGAGGAAAAUAAUUCUUCAUAUUUCAUGCU